AUGAAUAACUUGAACCACGUAUUAGAAACAUUAAGUGAGCAAGGAUAUCAAUUUGCUUUCUUUCUAAAAAAGCAAAAGGUUUCAACUAGUAACACUAAAACUAGCUCCCAAAUUUAUAAGCCUCCUGAUAAUUUUUUUUCUCAUAUAUUUAUCAGCUCACCUUUAGAGCAAACUUUUCCAGUUCCCAUUCAGAAUCUAGUUAAUAAUGAUGAAAAAAACGUAACAAAAUUUAGGAGAUUGCCCAAAAAUCAAAUUCAAAAUUUUAAGCAUCUCAGUCUAAAUUUAAAUAACAAAAGAGAACUACAGUCUUAUAUAUACAACGGUUUAAAAUUAUUAAGACAAGUCCCAUGUAAAACGAUUUCAAAAAUUUGGAUUAAAAUUAUUGAACCAAAGAAGAAAACCAAAUUUCCAUACAUCAAAGGAAAUAGCACUAAGCCUGAAUGGUGGCCAAGUGACGUAGAGCAUAGGGAACCUGAUCAUUUACAAAAGCCAGAUCGGUUGAAGUUAAUGGUUUCAAUACUAGUCGAUGUAUUACCAAUGUUACAGGACGAAGAUAUUUUAGAUGAACUAAUUAGAACAACACACGCUCUUUCAAUUUUUAAGAGAGAUAAAGCCAAGAAUCAUGUUCUUAAUAGUAUGUUUGAUAUAUGUAGAACACUUUGCAACAGAUAUAAUAAAAAUUAUUCUUGCGAGCCUGAUACCAUCGAAGUAAUCGAAAUAAAUCAACUUCAAAAGAAGCCUGAGCCACUACAAUCAUUAUCAGCACCUUAUGUAAAAGAGCAUACGCUAGAUACUCAGUCUAAUAUACUUCCAAUAGCUUCAUCGAGUACAAAUCCCAUUAAGAGAAAUGUCAAUUUCAAUUUACAAAGUAGAAGACAGAAGAUAGGUUCGCCGCUUAGACACCAAUUAAUUGUCUCACCAUUAGUUGCCUCAAAUAAAAAAUUUUCCCCACUAAAGAGUGCCUUAAUAAUCAAGACUCCAAUCAAUGAAGAAACAGGACUAAUGAAUCAAGAAAUUCCAACCACCAUUGCUCAAAUUAUAACCACAGAAUAUCAGUCACCUAAAGAUACUAAAAGUACACAUUCAGAUGAAACUAUCACGGUACCGACGCCGAUGUUGGUAGAUUUGUUACUGGAAACAGAUCCUGUAAUAAAUGGCUAUUUCGAAACUCUAGGCCCUUUAACUCUUUCGACCAUAAUUGAUGAUCAAAGUAACAAUCAGAAUUGCUUGCCGGACAUCAAUACAGAUAUGUUUUCAUAA